AUGAGCGAUCCAACGUCAAGAGCUUGUAGGGAGCGUCAUAUUGCUCAGAAGAGACGGAAGAUAACUGUGCCCAGGAAGAAAACUCUGAAGGAGUUUUUCGAAUUUAGGACCCAGUACUAUUUUACCAAAGGCCAUGAACACAUGGGAGAAGCCAGAAAUGUUCUCGAGGAGCAAUGUUUUUUCGUUUAUCCUCCUUGCUCUCUCAUGUUCGCUUACUUUCAAUACUGGAAAGCGAAACAACGUACUACAGAUAAGGAAAAAAGGGCGCUUUCCAACACCAAAACUUUACAACAGCUUUUACGAUCUCUUCGCGUAAGCUAUUCUUCGAUAUACCAAACACAGUUCUACAAUAAUCUUUACUUUGCAAUUAAAAAAAUAGAAGGAUUCCAAAAAUGUCGGAUUUCAAUUAUCAGUUACAACAAUGAAAAACUAUUCAUUCUUUCGAUUGUUCGAUUUCAAAAGAAUUUCCUUAGAUUGAAAGUUUAUACGAUUAUUGUUACUUUUGCCAAGGUGGACGUGGACAUCGAAGCCUUGGAUGCAAAAAAGCACAAAGAUUUGGACGAAGCUAUAGCCAUCACCGAUGUGGAUCCGCGUUACUUUUCGGAACUGGAUGCCAGGCUAGUGAGAGAAAAAUUCUCCGUACACAAGUACGUGGAAGAUUCUCGUGAAAUUUUAAAGUGUCGGCUAUUAGCUGGCCAGGAAAUGGACGAUUGCAUUCGCAUAGAUCAACAAUUCGUCGAGGAGCAAAAAAGACUCGAUAAGAUCAAGCGACGAUAUCGUCGAUACAUAAGCGGUUUCGAGGAAUUUCUCUCGAAGGAUCACGAGGAGAGUAUGAAAAGUCUAUUCCUUGCUGAAAACGAGUCGAAGAAAACUAGAGAGAUGACGGAUCACAGGAAUAAGCUUUCCGUUGAAUAUGGCCGGAUUAGAUUGGAAGUAUAUCACUGGGAAGAGAGUUGGAGAAUGAUGAAGAUGUGUCAACGAUUCCUCUAUCAGAUAUCUCCGAUUUCUUGGCGAACCGAGCACGAUUGGAUCCAUCGCAGUCAUUCCGGGGAGAGCAUCACUUACGACCAUCCGGAGGAUUUAUUCGGACGAUACAGAAUGCUGGGCGAUGUUGCUUCGCUCGACGCUCUUAUAGAUUUUUUCGAGCAAGAUAUUAGCGAGGCGGGUCCCGCGGAUUUGUAUUUUCAGGAACCGUGGGAGCUGAUCAACGUGUUCAGAUCGAUAGAAAUGCAAAAUUUGAACGCGUUGAUCCACUUGGAGAGUCUUGCAGAGCCGAUGAGUCAAAUGAUGUCGACGAUUCAAAGUGCUGAACAACAGAUCAAGAUAGAAAUUGAAGAAAUAACCAAUAUAAUCAAGGAGUUGCGCGAAAGCAUUCACAUAUUGGAAAGCAGAGCCAUAGAUUUGGAAAAGCACGCGAACGAGCUUUUGGAAACCGUGUUCCGGGAUUCCGUUUGCUCGGAGGAAGUGCUUCGUCUUCAGGUAUUCGUCGAGGAUGCGUACGAGAGUUGUGUCGGGGUGAACGAAGCGAAUCUGGAUAGUUUCUCGAUGAUGAAAUGGAUCGAGAAGAUACACGACGACUUGAAUUUGAAGCUGGAUACUCUACCACCGGAAGUGGUCAAGGCUGCCGAGAAGGAGGGCUUCAAGCAGGAGUUGAAGGUCAUGAAGCAGACAGAGGAAGCCGCUAAGAAGUUCGAGCUUAUGCAACGAUUGCUGGUCUCCCUGAAACGCGCAAUGGAGCCACCUCCGACAAAGAAGAAGACUAUGAUGUGGCGAUCGCCUCCAAAAAUACAUAGAUUGAAGGGACUGGCGGUGGCGCUGAAGCCAACCGAGGAGGAGAUGCAAUAUUUGACUUUCUUCACCGACUAUUGCAAAACGGAGGACUUCACCACGUAUCGCCCUCAAUUUCCCGACGAUUUUGAUCUGACGUUCAAGAAGCAAGAAAUUGUAGUGACCGAGACGGAAGAGGACGAGGAUGUUUUGAUAAAAAAAUUUGAAUGA